UCUUUCUCAUUCCCUUCUAACUCAAGCAAGGAGAGAGGGAAAGCGGUGGUUAACUGGUUGCAGGGCAAGCAGAGAAGGGGAGAGGAGGGGAAGAACGGUGAAAGGUCUGUCCUCUCCCUGCUUGACCGUGCGAUUAGGGUUUUGGAGGUGGGUUUCAAGAUUGAGGAGGGAAGGAAGCAGAUCCAGCAAUGGACGACUACACCAGGGAAAUGAUGGACCUCAAAACCCUAGUCACUCGCACCCUCGAGAAGAAGGGCGUCCUUGCCAAGAUCCGGGCUGAGCUUAGAGCAAGUGUAUUUGAGGCCAUAGAAGAAGAGGAUCGAGCGGUUGAAAGUGAAGACGGUGGACCACCUGCCUUGCUUGGCAGUUGCAAUGAUCGAGCUAAGCAGCUACAUGCAUCAGCAUCAGGAAGGCUGUUAACUGCAUUGAUUUGUGAAUACUUGGAAUGGGCUCAACUAAAUCAUACUUUAAAAGUUUAUUUGCCAGAAUGUAAUUUGCCAAAGGAUUUCUGGAAGGCUGAGCUAAGGGACAAAUUUGGUAACAUUGAUUCAAAAGGUGGAGAAAGUGGUCCUUUGCUACUGGAUGUACUUGAAGGGUUUUUGAAGCAUGAGGUAUCCUCCCAAGGACGGGGAACUGUUAGAAAAAUACCUGUCUCAGAAGCAGAGGCACUUACUGCCAUUGAAUCAAGGACCAUGAGAAGACCUGUUUCUUCAUCCAUUGCUGGUGGUUUGCCUCCAUUGGGAAGCAGGCAUAUUCCUGUCUCACAACCGUCUGAUAGGAGACCGAGCUCUUCUGUUGCUGGUUAUAGAAAAGAUGAUUAUGGUUGGAGAUAUGACAAUGAUGAGCUGUCAGAGGAAGUUCUCCGAGCUUCAAAUGCUUUAGAAAAUAUCCAACUUGACAGAAAAGCACGGAAUUUGACAUCGUCAUGGAGGCAUGCUGGGGAUGGAAUCUCCGAGGAUGAUGUUCACCCAGAUCGAGACCACCUCUGAUGGUUGUUACUUACCGUAUGUUUGAUUUCCUCGACGCGUUUUGGCCUUUUCUUCUUUUGAUGCACAAAUCUGUGACGUGUCUUCUUUAUCAUGUUGUAUUUCACGCAAGGAAACAGUUCUCUUUCCCUCAUUUUGUAGUCUUCUCUUCCCUCUAACUAACUAGAUUUUGUCAGUUCAUGCUUCGGGCUUUGUAAUUGGACCUAGAAAAUCUGAUUGGGAUGAAGUACAUGUAUCACGCUUACUGUUGAUAGUCGUUAGCUAGGUGUUUGCGGAUGUCAUUUUCAUGUAAAUGUGGCAUUUCUGAAUCAACAAAAGAGUGAUUAUUUACUGCCUUCUGCAUUUUGCAUA